AAGCCAAGAAACCUGUCUGCAAAAACAAGAACAGAUUCCCCAAUGUACUUCCAUGUACAGGCUGAUUGGUCCAUUGCUGAGAUGAAUGCUGAGAUGGGGGAGAGCCACGCCCACCUCUACACAUCACAGACUGAUGAACAGACGAAGCACACAAACAUACAUGUACAUGCGAGUACUGUUCUCAACAACAGAUUGAGGACUUCAAUACAUAGUCUUGCAGUCCUCACACGGAAGCCAUGGCCUGGAUGCAACACAUGCGCUUUGACUUGGAGCUUUCAAGCAUUGAAGGAACCAUAUGCAGCUACAGAACUCACUCAGGAUGUGGGCCAAUCUCAUAGCCUAGACUUGAAUCAAGUCGUUAAUUGGCCGGGUUUGGUUUGCCUGCACCAUGGCAUACCGUUCUGUACCAGCGGCGUUGACUACCUCAUAACGUCCCGGCGUUGACUACCACAUAAUGUCCUGGGGUUAUGUGAAGUGCGUGGUAUAAUAACACGCAGGAACGAUUCCUGCAUCCUUGACCUCAUAUGUGUGUACGUUGAUUCCAAUUACAAACUUGAAUAAUCUGCAACCCCAUUGUACACAAGGCAUGGACGUGCUACCAAAAUUGAAUGGAGCACUCUGAUUGGCUGUGAAUCAGGAGGAUAUGAAUAUUCAUAUUCACCUGACAUUUAUGCAUCUGGGUGCACAUGUGACCCUCCCAUGGAUGUCAUAUUUCACUGACGUGCGUGAACUUAUGUGGGGAAUGCAGCACUAAUUCCUGGGUCGUUUGGAAUCCGUGCAACAUUAUUAAAAAAAAAACCAAGAAUUGGACACUUCCUCAGCAAUGCAGCAAUACAGUGUUGGAAUUCUGUAUCUGAUGGCUCUAAAGACCAUGAAAACUUCAGCAACGCAUUGUCAAGGUAUAAAAUGCAAAGCUGAAAAUAUAAUUUAUAAAAUAUGUUAUUA